AGGGGGCGUGCAGGAGGCAGCCGUUUCUAUCUCUCCCUCUUCCUUCCUCUCUGAAAUCAAUGAAAAUCUAUUUUUCUUUUUAAAAACGCAUCUGAUAAAGUGUAAGUGAUAAAGCAGGCAUGUGAGUGAGGCUGCUGCUGGAUCCCCACAGAGGGAUGACGGAGAAAGAGGUCAUUUGCCAAACUCACGAACACCCGGGAGAGCUGCGGGUAGAAGAGGCUACACAGGCAGGAGCAGCACCCCAUGGUAGCCAGGUGGGCGAAGGGGAGCCAGGACGGUGCACCCGCCUUGAAGAAGACGGCUUCUGACCUGCUGAGUGGUCCCAAGAGGCUGAGCAUGGACCCCGUGCACCUCAGCAUGUCCAGUGCGCCCCUGGUGAGGCACUCGGACAGGCCCCGCGUCAUGUCCAAGAGCGGGCACAGCAACGUGAGAAUCGACAAGGUGGAUGGCAUAUACUUACUCUACCUUCAAGACCUGUGGACGACCGUGAUCGACAUGAAGUGGAGAUACAAACUCACACUGUUCGCGGCCACGUUCGUCAUGACCUGGUUCCUUUUCGGGGUGAUCUACUACGCCAUCGCGUUCAUUCACGGGGACCUAGAACCCGGCGAGCCCAUUUCUAACCACACCCCCUGCAUCAUGAAGGUGGACUCCCUCACGGGGGCGUUUCUCUUCUCCCUGGAGUCCCAGACCACCAUCGGCUACGGCGUCCGCUCCAUCACGGAGGAGUGCCCUCACGCCAUCUUCCUGCUGGUCGCUCAGCUGGUCAUCACCACCUUGAUUGAGAUCUUCAUCACGGGCACCUUCCUGGCCAAAAUCGCCAGACCCAAGAAGCGGGCGGAGACCAUCAAGUUCAGCCACUGCGCGGUCAUCACCAAGCAGAACGGGAAGCUGUGCCUGGUGAUCCAGGUGGCCAACAUGCGCAAGAGCCUCCUGAUCCAGUGCCAGCUCUCCGGCAAGCUCCUGCAGACCCAUGUCACCAAGGAGGGCGAGCGGAUCCUCCUCAACCAGGCCUCCGUCAAAUUCCACGUGGACUCCUCUUCCGAGAGCCCCUUCCUCAUUUUGCCCUUGACCUUCUACCACGUGCUGGAUGAGACCAGCCCCCUGAGAGAUCUCACCCCCCAGAACCUGAAGGAGAAGGACUUUGAGCUCGUGGUGCUCCUCAAUGCCACCGUGGAGUCCACCAGCGCCGUCUGCCAGAGCCGCACGUCUUACAUCCCAGAGGAGAUCUACUGGGGCUUUGAGUUCGUGCCCGUGGUUUCUCUCUCCAAGAACGGCAAGUACGUGGCUGACUUCAGUCAGUUCGAACAGAUCCGGAAGAGCUCCGAUUGCACGUUUUACUGCGCGGAUUCCGAGAAGCAGAAACUGGAGGAGAAGUACAGGCAGGAGGACCAGCGGGAGAGAGAACUGCGGACUCUCCUGUUACAACAGAGCAAUGUCUGAUGGUGGUGCCCUGGCCUCAGUCGACUCUGCGGCCAUUUCCACAUCUGAGUUCCUUCGAACAAAAACGUGUGGAUGCAUUUCUAAAAACACUUCAGAGAUGUGAGAAAUCCAUCUUCUCCUUUGAUCUGGUGGCUCAACAAGAAUCUCCACCUUCGAGAGGGUUCCUUGUUUAAAUGCUUUGUCUGAAGCAAACUCCCAAAGUUCAGAUUUUCUAAGAUGGGGCUACAUUUGGCGGGACUUGGUAGGGCGAUUGCAAACAUGUCCUGCAGGAUGGACAGACAGUCAGCAUGCUGAGAGUGAAGGGAAGGCAUUUCUCUAUAAGGCUAUCAGCUGUAAUAUAAGGUAUUUAUGCAAUCCAAUAUCAAAGGCAUUGUGGCCUUGAAAUGUGGUUCAGUGUUCACUCGCACCAUGGUUUAAACUCUUUUCGAGCAGAGAAAAUGGUAUAUGUUCUGGAGGCUAUCUGUUAAUACAACAAAUGGAGCAGGGGGAGUCUGUACUCACAAAAUAUAAUAAUUCCAUUUC